AGCGUUUAUGUACACUGUGGACAUUUGUGGCACGCAGUGUUAUGUGCAUUUUAAACCAGAAGUCAUUCAUUCUUUCCUCUUUCUCGUUGUUUCUGUCAUUGCUAGCUGGCUAGCUAGCUAGCCACCAUACUCCAUACAUUGCUAAUUUGAUGAUUUUAACGGUCAUUUCGAGGUUUUAUGCCACUUGGAACACAUUUGUUACAAGGUGUCGUCAUGGAGUUUGCAGAGCUGAUUAAGACGCCCAGGGUGGACGGGGUGGUCCUCCAUCGGCCUUUUAUGCCAACCGUGGAGGGAACUUUAUGUCUGACGGGACAUCACCUCAUUCUGUCCUCCAGGCAGGACAAUACAGAGGAGCUGUGGCUGCUUCAUGCCAAUAUUGACUCCAUAGAGAAAAGAUUUGUUGGCUCCCUUGGCAGGAUCAUAGUCAAAUGCAAAGACCUGAGAGUGAUCCAGCUGGACAUUCCCGGCAUGGAGGAGUGUCUCAACAUUGUCAGCUCCACUGAGGCUCUAUCUACGCUGGAUUCUGUCUCCCUCAUGUACCCUUUCUUCUACCGGCCCAUGUUCGAGGUCGUAGACGAUGGAUGGAAUUGUUUCAGACCUCAAGAUGCCUUUAAAGACCUAGAGUCUAUGACAGAUGAAUGGCGGCUGAGUGAAGUCAACAAGGACUUCAGCGUGUGCCCCUCCUACCCUCCACUCGUUGCCGUGCCCAAAGGUAUCGACGACGACGCCCUGAGGAAAGUAGCAACCUUCCGUCACGCCGGCCGCUUCCCCGUGCUCAGCUAUUACCAUAAGAAGAACGGAAUGGUGAUGAUGCGAGCAGCUCAGCCUUUGACGGGCACCAACGGGCGGCGAUGCAAGGAAGACGAGAAGCUCAUCAACGCCACCCUGAGGCCGGGCAAACGCGGCUACAUUAUAGAUACGCGUGCCAUCAACGUGGCUCAGCAGGCCAAAGCUAAAGGGGGAGGCUUUGAGUCUGAGGCAAAUUACCCCCAGUGGAGGAGGAUCCACAAGGCCAUUGAAAGGUCCAACGUGCUGCAAGAGAGCCUCAUCAAGCUGGUAGAAGCAUGCAACGACCAGUCCCACAACAUGGACCGCUGGCUCAGCAAGCUGGAGGCGUCCAACUGGCUGGCUCAUGUCAAGGAGAUCCUAACCACGGCUUGCCUGGCGGCCCAGUGCAUCGAUAGGGAGGGAGCUUCAGUGCUUGUGCACGGCACAGAAGGAACAGACUCCACGCUGCAGGUCACCUCCUUGGCUCAGAUCAUUCUGGACCCAGUCUGCAGGACCAUCAGAGGCUUCCAGAGCUUGGUGGAGCGAGAGUGGCUCCAAGCGGGUCACCCGUUCCAGCAGCGCUGCGCCCAGUCGGCCUACUCUAGCGGCAAACCUCGCCAGGAGGCUCCCGUCUUCCUGCUCUUCUUGGACUGCGUGUGGCAGAUACUCCGGCAGUUCCCAUGCUCCUUUGAGUUCAGCGAGAGCUUCCUGGUGCUGCUUUUUGAGCAUGCCUACGCUUCGCAGUUUGGCACUUUUCUGGGCAACAGCGCCGCAGAGAGGUCCAAAUUGUCCGUGCCUGAAAAGACUGUCUCACUGUGGUCUUGGGUGAACCGUCCCCAGGAGCUGGAGCGCCUGACCAACCCGCUGUACGAGGCCAACAGCCUCGUCAUCUGGCCCUCGGUGGCCCCUCAGAGCCUGCUGCUCUGGGAAGGCGUCUUCCUCCGCUGGAACCGCUCGUCCAAGUGUUUGGACGAGGCCUACGAGGAGAUGGUGCACAUCAUCGAGUACAACAAAGAGCUGCAGAACCGAGUCAACCUCCUGCGCAGGCAGCUGGCCCAGCUGGAAACCGAGGAUCCUCUGCUGCAAACGCCCUAGAUCCAACACGAGCGAGGUGGAAGAGGUAGAAAACGGAUCUCUGUCGGUCGAUCUGAAUGAUUCCAAAUACGAGGGAUUGUUGUUUCGUGUUUACAUCACACACCUGAAGCUUUAUGUUUACAAUUCAUUCGUCACACUUACACUAUGCGGACACACCUCUUAAACAACUACACAUUUUCCUCACCAAUACUGUCCAUAUCGCGUAUCACUUCUUCUGUCUUGCGUCCCACUGAAUGUAUACUACUGAAGUGCAGCACGGUCACCAUGGUAACAAAUAAGCGCGCCAUAAGGCAGCACGUGGCUCCCCUGCACGUUGCUGUGGCACAAUGAGCGUAGGUGGGAUCAGCAACUAUAUAGCGGGACUGACCAAUCGUACUGAUUAUUGAAUAUUUAUCACAAGCACUACCACGCACUGCAGCUUUAUGCACCUCGCAUGUGCAAGUAAUAUCCAAUAGAACGGCUGUCUGCUUCUGCUACUUUUGGGCUAUAUUACUCUAUCAUGGUAGUUUGCCUUAUAAGGUGUAUGGUGAUACCAGUUCAUUACUGCAACUCAAGUAAAUACGAGUUGUAGUUGCCAAAAGGUCUUAAUAGCAUUUUAUCAUUAUAUUAAAACAAUGCACUUUGUGUUAGUAAUAUACUCUAAGUCGAGAGUAACCUGUGUGUUAAGAGGAGCAUAGUUUUUUCACGUUGGCGUGGGUACAACACGUCUCAUCUCUAGCACUGCAGUUGAUUUCAUGCAGCCUUAAAUAGAUUAUUAUUGCUUUUGACUGUUUACUACGCCAACAAGUCACUAUUAAAUAUUGUCGUAUUAAUGAUUCCAGCCACUACUUUUAAAUUGCUUGAAAUUGUACAUCUUAGAGGAGCCCCAUUAUGUAAUUAACGUCACCUAUAAAUGUUGUUAAAAUGUUGUAUUAUCCUGUUUAAACAAUGCUAGAGUAUCGGAUAAUGAGGUUUGUGUAUAUGGAAGUGAGCCCUGAAAGAAGUUGGGGAUGGCUCUGAACACUAGGUUUCAGAGUUUUUUUUUAAUACCAACUCUCUGUGAUGUCACAGUGAGCCGUAUUUCCUUAUAUGGGCAGGCCCGGGUACAAGCUGUUAGCUGUACAAGAUGAGUGGGGGCAUGCCCGGAGGAGGGCCGUGGGUGGAAUAAAUCAAAACCUUGGAUUUCCAAAAAUCCAAGGUUUAAUUAAUAACACAGCUGGAAUAGGUGCAGAUUCUCAAAGAUCUAGAAAGCUUUUUGCGGGGGUGAUUUUGUGUAGCUGCUCUAUAGGAGUCCACAACUCAAUACAAAGGGUCGAAGAUGAGCAUAAGAGAGUCUCUGCAUGCAUAAAACGGUUUACAUUAUGCCAAAUGUUUAUCUGAAUAAUGUUGUUGUACAGUGUAAUUAUACAUCAUGUGCUCUGGCUAUGUCAGUCAAUAAAACUCUAUAAUUCGAUGGGGAAAUACUCCUGUAG